CGUUUCCAGUGCAGUCAGUCCUCGCACUGCUCAGAUCGAGGCUGCUCGCGUUCUGAACACCGAGCCGCAUUCCACUCGCGCCACGGAACGGGAUAUUUCGGCGAGUUUGGGAAUUUAACUAUGUCUAGGACAUGCCAUCCAAGGAUCACUCGAACGUGAGCCCCGGACGAGCAAUUGAGGUGGAUGCUGAAGUGGAUGACUGUUGUGCGAGAAGGCAAGGAAGCUCUGAAUCAAUAAAGCCCGUGCUUGCUCGUUGAGUUCGUUUAGAAGUCCCUGAUUGAAGACGUAGCGUGGACCGCCACAUCCUUCGCUUGCGAGGACCAGCGCAGAUAUGUGGCCUCAGCAGGGGCCGCAAUGCUUUAUUAGCCCAAGGAUUGUAGUGUUCCUUGGGCUGCUGACUGUUUGCAUAUCCCCUCACCUUUCUGAAGGAGCCUCAGAGCCAUUUAGGUCCUUCACACCUCCUGAUUGGGGUCUAACGCAUUUAGCCAUCCAUAACAAGACAGGGGAUGUCUACGUUGGUGCGGUAAACUGGAUCUACAAGCUUUCAAGCAACUUGACCAAGUUGAGGAGUCAUAUGACGGGUCCCGUGGUGGACAACGAGAAAUGCUACCCACCUCCAAGUGUACAGUCAUGCCCCCACGACCUUGCCCCAAACAGUAAUGUGAACAAGCUGCUGCUAAUAGACUAUCCCCAAAACCGACUCAUCGCUUGCGGAAGCACCUCGCAAGGCAUCUGUCAGUUUCUCCGCCUGGAUGACCUUUUCAAGCUCGGCGAGCCACACCACCGUAAGGAACACUACCUCUCCAGCGUCAUCGAGUCGGGAACCAUGUCCGGGGUGAUCAUCUCCGAAGGCCUCAUCAGCAAGCUUUUCAUUGGAACUCCCAUCGAUGGAAAAUCAGAGUACUUCCCAACUCUUUCGAGCCGUAAGUUGAUGGCCAACGAGGAGGAUGCUGACAUGUUCAGCUUUGUCCACCAGGACGAGUUCGUCUCCUCCCAGUUGAAGAUCCCUUCGGAUACGCUGUCCAAAUUCCCGACGUUUGACAUCUACUACAUCUACAGCUUUAGCAGUGAACAGUUCGUCUACUACUUGACCUUGCAGCUGGAUACCCAACUGACUUCUCCUGACGCCAGUGGGGAGCAGUUCUUCACUUCUAAGAUUGUUCGACUCUGUAUCGACGAUCCAAGGUUCUACUCCUACGUGGAGUUCCCAAUCGGAUGCACCAAAGACGGUGUAGAGUAUCGACUGAUCCAAGACGCCUACUUGGCCAAACCCGGAAAGCAUCUCGCAAACUCUUUGGGAGUGUCCGAGCAUGAGGACAUAUUGUUCACGGUCUUCUCCCAAGGGCAAAAGAACCGGGUCAAACCCCCAAAAGAGUCGGCGCUCUGCCUGUUCACGCUGACAAGAAUAAAGGAGAAGAUCAAGGAAAGGAUUCAGUCGUGCUAUAGAGGAGAGGGCAAGCUGUCUUUGCCCUGGCUGCUCAACAAGGAGCUACCAUGCAUCAACUCGCCUCUCCAGAUCGACGAUAAUUUCUGCGGUCAGGAUUUUAACCAGCCUCUAGGGGGCACCAGCACUAUCGAGGGCAUCCCGCUCUUCGUAGACAAGGAUGACGGAAUGACUUCGGUAGCUGCUUACGAUUACCGCGGGAACACGGUGGUUUUCGCAGGAACGCGCAACGGCCGAAUGAAGAAGAUUCUGAUUAAUUCGGUGAGUCCGUCCAGACCGGCGCUGCUGUACGAGAGCGUCCCCGUGAGCGAGGGCAGUCCGGUGCUGCGGGACAUGCUGUUCAGCCCCGACCUCCAGUUCAUCUACGCGCUCACCGACAAACAGGUGACGCGUGUGCCGGUGGAGCGCUGCUCUCAGUACAGCAGCUGCUCUGAAUGUCUGAGCUCCAGAGACCCUCACUGCGGCUGGUGUGUCCUUCACAACAUCUGUUCUCGCCGCGAUCGCUGCGAGAGAGCAGACGAGCCCCAGAGAUUCGCCUCCAGAGUGGAUCAGUGUGUGGAGCUGACGGUCCAGCCCAACAACAUCUCCGUCACCAUGGCCGAAGUCCAGCUGGUCCUCCAGGCCCGCAACGUCCCGGAUCUUUCCGCAGGGGUGGACUGUUCCUUCGAGGAUUACACCGAGACCGAGGGAACGAUACACGGAUCGCGGAUCUACUGCCUCUCGCCGUCAGCUAAAGAGCUCGUCCCCAUCACACGCCAGCAGAGAGACACUCAUGUGGUGAAGCUCUAUCUCAAAUCGAGGGAAACGGGGCAGAAAUUUGCCAGUGUGGAUUUCACCUUCUACAACUGCAGCAUCCACAGAUCGUGCUUGUCUUGUGUGAACGGCUCGUUCCCGUGUCACUGGUGUAAAUACAGACACUUGUGCACACAGAACGCCAACGACUGCUCCUUCCAGGAGGGACUCGUGAACAUGUCAGAGGACUGUCCUCAGAUUCUGCCGUCCACUCAGAUCUACAUUCCCGUCGGCGUCCCGAAGCCCAUCACGCUGUCGGCCCGGAACCUUCCGCAGCCUCAGUCCGGCCAGAGAAACUACGAGUGCAUCUUCCGCAUCCAGGGCGAGACGCACAGCGUGACGGCGCUGCGCUUCAACAGCUCCAGUAUCCAGUGCCAGAAAACCACAUAUAACUAUGAAGGAAGUGACAUCAGCGAUCUUCCCGUCGAUCUGUCUGUGGUGUGGAACGGCAACUUCAUCAUCGACAACCCUUACAACAUCCAAGCACACCUGUAUAAGUGUUACGCGUUGAGGGAGAGCUGUGGUUUGUGUCUGAAGGCCGACCCCAGCUUUGAGUGCGGAUGGUGCGUCCAAGACAGGAAGUGCUCUCUGCGACAGGAAUGCGCUCAACCUGAGCACACCUGGAUGCACGCAACCGCCGGCAACAGCCGCUGCACGCACCCACGCAUCACAAAGUUGUUUCCUGAGACCGGUCCACGGCAGGGCGGAACCAGACUGACCAUCAGCGGAGAGAAUCUGGGCCUUCAGUUCAAGGACAUCCAGAACGGAGUGCGGAUCGGGAAAGUGGCCUGUCAGCCCAUCGAGGAGGAAUACGUCAGCGCUGAGCAGAUCGUGUGUCGAUUGGCCGACGCCACAGGUUACCGUGUGCAGGAAGCUCAGGUGGAGGUUUGUGUGCGAGACUGUCUGCCGGAGUACAGGGCCGUGUCUCCCAAAGCGUUCACGUUUGUGUCGCCGUACUUCACACGCGUGCUGCCGUCAUACGGGCCCAUUUCAGGAGGGACGAGGAUCACCAUUCACGGCAGCCAUCUGAACUCGGGCAGCGCCGUCUCCAUCAAGAUCGGACUCAACACCUGCCGCUUUGAGAGGCGAAGCGCCCGUGAGAUCGUGUGUGUGACUCCGGCGGGUUUGGGUACAGGCGGCACUCCAGUCAUGGUGGACAUAAACGCGGCCGAGCUCAGAAACCCGGAGGUGAAGUUCAACUACACGGACGACCCCACCAUCCUGAAGAUAGAGCCCGACUGGAGCAUCGCCAGUGGUGGAACCCCGUUAACAGUGAUCGGCAGCAACCUCGCCACCGUCAGAGAGCCGAAGAUGAGAGCGAAAUAUGGCAGCGUCAAUUCGGUCAACAACUGCACUGUGCUGAAUAACACCGUGAUGGUGUGUCUGGUGCCGUCAGUGGCCGGAUCCGAGAGGGUUUUCUCAGAGGUGGGCAGCGGGCCGGAUGAGAUCGGAUUCAUCAUGGAUAACGUUCAGACGGUCCUGGUGGUGAAUGAGACCUUCAAUUUCUAUCCCGACCCUGUGUUUGAACCCUUCGGUCCGUCCAUGCUGGAGCUCAAACCAGGAUCUCCUCUUAUACUGAAGGGCAAGAAUCUGGUUCCUUUGGCUCCUGGUAACUACAGGUUGAACUACACCGUUCUGAUCGGUGACAAACCGUGCGUGUUAACCGUGUCGGAGACUCAGCUGCUGUGUGAAUGGCCAGACCUCUCCGGCCAACAUAAAGUCACCAUCCUGGCUGGAGGUUUCCGCUACUCUCCAGGAACUCUGCAGAUCUACUCCGACAGCCUGCUGACACUCCCUGCCAUCAUCGGGAUCGGCGGAGGAGGAGGCCUUCUUCUCCUCGUCAUCAUCAUCAUCCUCAUCGCAUACAAGCGCAAAUCCCGUGACGCUGACCGAACGCUUAAGCGACUGCAGCUACAGAUGCACAAUCUGGAGUCCAGAGUCGCCCUGGAGUGCAAAGAGGCAUUUGCGGAGCUGCAGACUGAUAUCCAUGAGCUGACUCAGGAUCUGGACGGAGCUGGAAUCCCGUUCCUGGAUUACCGAACGUACGCCAUGAGAGUGCUUUUCCCUGGGAUAGAGGACCAUCCGGUGCUGAAGGAGAUGGAGGUGCCGGCGAAUAUGGAGAAGGCUCUGACUCUGUUUGGCCAACUCUUGAAUAAGAAGCAUUUCCUGCUGACGUUCAUCCGGACAUUAGAGGCCCAGCGCUCGUUCUCCAUGCGCGACCGCGGGAACGUGGCGUCUCUCAUCAUGAGCGCCCUGCAGGGCGAGAUGGAGUACGCGACGGGCGUCCUGAAACAGCUCCUGUCCGACCUCAUCGACAAGAAUCUGGAGAGCAAGAACCACCCCAAACUCCUGCUGCGAAGGACUGAAUCUGUGGCUGAGAAGAUGCUAACAAACUGGUUUACUUUCCUCCUCUACAAGUUUCUUAAGGAGUGUGCAGGUGAGCCUCUCUUCAUGCUGUAUUGUGCUAUAAAGCAGCAGAUGGAAAAAGGGCCAAUAGACGCUAUCACUGGAGAGGCCAGAUACUCACUCAGCGAGGAUAAACUCAUCCGACAACAGAUCGAUUACAAAACACUGACGCUGCACUGCAUUAACCCAGAGAAUGAGAACGCAGCCGAGGUCACCGUUAAGUGCCUGAACUGCGACACCAUCACACAGGUCAAAGAGAAGCUGCUGGAUGCCGUCUUUAAAGGCACUCCGUACUCACAGAGGCCUAAAGUCGGAGACAUGGACCUCGAGUGGCGUCAGGGUCGCAUGGCUCGUAUCAUUCUCCAGGAUGAGGACGUCACCACAAAAAUCGACAACGACUGGAAGCGUCUCAACACACUGGCACACUAUCAGGUAACAGACGGGUCGGCAAUCGCAUUGGUUCCCAAGCAAAACUCCGCCUACAACAUCUCCAACUCCUCAACGUUCACCAAAUCCCUCAGCAGAUACGAGAGCAUGCUGAGAACGGCCAGCAGUCCAGACAGCCUUCGCUCGCGGACGCCCAUGAUCACUCCAGACCUGGAGAGCGGGACCAAACUCUGGCACCUUGUGAAGAACCACGACCACACGGACCAGAGGGAGGGCGACCGCGGCAGCAAGAUGGUCUCUGAGAUCUACCUGACGCGUCUGCUCGCUACGAAGGGCACACUGCAGAAGUUUGUAGACGACCUGUUUGAGACCAUCUUCAGUACGGCCCACCGGGGCAGCGCGCUUCCUCUGGCCAUCAAAUACAUGUUCGACUUCUUAGACGAGCAGGCCGACAGACACACGAUAUCAGACCCCGACGUCAGACACACGUGGAAGAGCAACUGUUUGCCGUUGAGGUUCUGGGUGAAUGUGAUCAAGAACCCUCAGUUUGUGUUCGACAUUCAUAAGAACAGCAUUACAGACGCGUGUCUGUCCGUCGUGGCUCAGACCUUCAUGGACUCCUGCUCCACGUCAGAACACAAGCUGGGUAAAGAUUCGCCCUCCAACAAGCUGCUCUACGCUAAAGACAUCCCCAACUACAAGAACUGGGUGGAGAGGUAUUACUCUGAUAUCUCGCGGAUGCCUGCGAUCAGCGAUCAGGAUAUGAGCGCCUAUCUGGCCGAACAGUCACGUCUGCAUUUAAAUCAGUUCAACAGUAUGAGCGCGCUGCACGAAAUCUUCUCCUACAUCACCAAAUACAAGGACGAGAUCCUGUCGGCGCUGGAGAGGGACGAACUGUCCCGCCGCCAGAGACUGAGGUCUAAACUGGAGCAGGUGAUCGACACGAUGGCUCUUUCCAGCUGAUCGGGACUGGAAAUCUCAGUGUGUGUUUGUACAUGGACAGAACCACAACGCUGAAUGUAGGUGGUGUGGAUUUUGCGUUGUUUUCGGAUGAUUUAUUGUUGAGUGCAGUGGACGUCUUCACGCAGCGCGGACAGAGACGCUCUUUCCUGUUUUGAAAAGACAAUGAGGACGCUUGGGACCUCUGAUGAAGUCAUGUGACCGUGUCACGAGCCAAUGAUCGCGACGGAUCAAAGGACACUCUAAUCGGAUUGCGUGUUUACUACGUACGUUUUAUUAUUUUGUACAAAUGUUAUCGACUCUCCGCUCUCUUUGCCACUUGUGUUUCUGCUGAAUUUGCACAGUUUACAGAAUCAACGAGCAACUGCCUCCAUCUCAUGUACACGACGUCCCGUUUCGGGUCAGGAAAAGCAACGGCGCGUCUGUUUUAACCUUUACAUACAGUAGUGUUGACGAAGGUGAAUUUGACAUUACACAAAUGACAAAAAGAAGGAAAAAAUAACAAAAAAUAUGAAUAAAAAUCUUGUCCUGUG